AUGACAAAGGCAAAACAAACCCGAUUUCCUGUUGCCAGAAUCAAAAAGAUUAUGCAAAAAGACGAGGAAGUUGGGAAGGUCGCCCAAGCAACUCCCAUGCUCAUCUGUUCGUUCACUCGCCCCGCCAAGGCCUUGGAACUGUUCAUGACGGACUUGACGAACGAAAUGGCCAAGGUGACUCAAGAACGCAAUCUCAGCAAAAUAGAGCCAUGGCAUUUGAAACGCGCGAUUGAGACUAUCGAUACAUUUGACUUCCUUCGCGAGAUUGUUGCGCCAAUCAACGAUCCGGCGGACGCAGGUGGGGAGGAAGAGGAAGCACAGCCUCAGGAGCCGAAGAAGAAGCGGCCAAGAGCCAAAAAGCCUCUCGAUUAG